AUCUGACUAAUGCAUUAAAUUAACAGUCUAACCAGAAUCUGCUUACAUGAGCUGGAACAACCAAUAUAUGAAAAGAAAUUAAAAUCGCAUGCAUGAGACCUUUCUGUCUUUGUUGAAACAAAAGAAUGAAUGAAACCGAAAACAGGAACAAGUUCUUUUGUGAUAUCACUAAAAGGGCACACUGACAUUUCUCUCCAGUUAUUAAGUCGUAUCUAAAUCAUUCAAUUACCUUCUUGUGAAAAUGCUUCAUGUCCUUUUGCACUUUUAAUUAAUGUUAUACCUUUUUCACUCUUGUUGGUCUCACUAUUUAGGGGAUAGUCUCAUUCCUUUACUUCAUCACUCUCACAGUCUCUCUUCCCCCCACCAAUUUUUCAGCUCUUUGUUUCUUCUUCACUCUCUUUUCUUGUUCUUUCAUUUUUCAUGGCUCAUUCAAAGGGCGAUGGUACUCAAAUGGACUGGACCAGCUUCUUUGGCCCAACAAGUACCUACGAGUUCAUGACUGUGAGAAAAGAAGAGUCUGAUUAUGAGUUAUGGAGGGCGUGUGCUUGGGAUUGGACUGACAUACCAAAAGUAGGACAAUAUUUGUACUACAUCCCCCAGGGUCACAUGGAACAAGCACAGUUGGAAGCUUGGAUGAGUCAACAAUUGAACGAGAAACUCCCCGAAAUCAAUAUCCCUUCGAAAAUCUUGUGUCGAGAUACCAAGGUUGAAAGAUUGAUUGAGCGUCGCACAGACGAACUUUAUGUCGGAAUCACUCUUCAUCCGGAAGUUGAUCAAACACUCAGAAACCCUCAACCUGAUGACCGGCCCGAGUCUCCACCGCCCAAACCGGUUCAGUCGUACAACAAGAUUUUAUCAACUUCUGAUGCUAGCACCCAUGGUGGUUUCUCCAUUCCGAAGAAGCUUGCCAUUGAAUGCUUACCUCCACUGGAUAUGAUCCAGAAGAGUACUCCAACUCAGGAAUUCGCCGCCAAAGAUCUCCAGGGUCAUCUAUGGCGUUUCAGGCACAUAUACAGGGGCCAACCUCGAAGGCAUAUGCUCUCCACAGGAUGGAGUGACUUCGUCAAUAAGAAGCAGCUAGUAGCCGGAGACGAAAUCGUGUUCCUGAGGUACAACGGCGAGCUGCGAGUUGGGGUUCGUCGUGGUCAUCCCAGGCGGCAGCAGCAGGCAUCGAUUGUUAUAUCGAGCCAGAUCAUUUACUUGGGAGUUGUUUGUUCCACUAACCGUUCCAUUAAACCGGAAACCGUCUUUUAUGUCCAUUAUAAGCCUAGAACAACUCCGUUCCUUGUUGGGAUAAACAAGUAUCUGAAAGCCACUAGCCGUGCUUAUCAUAUGGGCAUGCGAUUCAAGAGUGCUGGUGAUGAUGGAUUCACAGGCACCAUUGUUGGUAUUGGAGAUUAUUCACAAUACUGGCCAGGCUCGCAAUGGCGAUCGCUCAAGGUGCGAUGGGAUCAAUCGGAAGGAAGAAUUGAGAAGGCAGACAGCAGUGUUUCUCCAUGGGAGAUAGAGCCUUUGGCAGCUGAUCCAUCUUUGCAAAGUAGUGUUCUUCCUCAAACGUUAGUUAGGAAGAAAAGGUCGAGGCUUGACAUAGAUGUUCUAGCUUCUGCAGCUAGUAACUCCACCCGGCGUCCUAGGUCGUCGAUUCAAUCUCACCAGGAGGAAUCAACCUUACUUCUGGGAAGUGGGUUUGAAGGCCAAAACAACAACCAUAAUAAUGGUCAUAAUUUGGAAGGUUUCCUUCCUAAUUCAACCCCUGGUUUCAACAGCAACAAGGCUUCUUCAUCCACUGCUACUCCAUCAUCAGGAAUAUGGAACGAGCAAAUGGGUUCGCAGAGAGCUGAUAAUCACCAUCCUAUGGGAUGUCGAAUCUUCGGAAUCGAGCUUGCUAGCAACAUUACUGCUAACACCAGCUCUGUUACUGGAAAGCAGCAGCUAUUAAUGAUGGCUAGUACUGAAUCAACUGUCAAGAAUCAGUAUAACCGUACAAAGGUGCAUAUGCAGGGGACUGCUUUCGGCCGAACUGUCGACUUAACUACCUUAAAUGGGUACGAGGAUCUGAUAACCAAACUGGAAGAGAUGUUUGGCAUCAGAGGAGAUCAGCUUUCUACUGCUGAAAAAUGGGUUCUUGUCUUCAUUGACGAUGAAGGUGACAUGAUGCUUGUUGGUGAUGAUCCAUGGCCGGAGUUCUGCAAGAUGGUGAAGAAAAUAGUGAUACAUUCGAGUGAGGAGAUGAAGAAGAUGAAAGGAAGGUUCAGGCUUGUAAUGUCACCUUUGGAGGGGUGAAGCUGACCUUGCUAACUAAGCCUAGACGCAUAAUGAAAAUAAGUCAUGAGAGAAAAGAACAAACAUCGGUUUCGGUUUUUCAUAAUAUGUUUUCGUGUUUUUUAUUAUUAUUUUUAUUUAAAAUGUUAAGCUCAUUUUAGAGGUAUGAUAUGACUCAGAAUUGAGGGGGGAAAAGAAUGUUUUGUUUUAAAUUUUAAAGUUGGAACAAAUGCAAACUAUGAUA